AGUUUGUUCCUCCAGGAUCGCCGUACUGUCAAGACACUCACAUGACUUUACUCUUGUGACACGUUCCUUCUCAAAAACGAAAUAUAAUGGCAUAAUGAAACACGAGAUCUUAUCCGUUUCCGUUUAUACUGAAUAUAUCACUGGCAUCUGGAUACUCGUGAACUGUUUACAGUAUUCUCUAAGAGAACAUGAAUAAUCAGGGCAGUGCGGCUGGGAUCGAGUAACUCAGCUGAAGUUGGAUGACAUGCGUAAAGUUUAUCUAAACUUCAUUCAACCCACCGACGAUGCAACCAAUGGCUGAGACAGCGGCUUUGGCUUAUUCCCGACGCUUCUUCUUCCUGUAUGAUAGUUCAAAGGUGCAAGAGGAGGAAGACCGGACUCGAGAAGGGAUUUACUACUUCUCUCCUGAGGAUACACCAGUAGACCAACAAGAGCUGCUUUGUGGACAGCUUGCCGGUGUAUGUCGUUGUGUGUCUGAGAUGUCUUCAUCCCCCGUACGCCUGCUUCGCCUGCGCAAAAGCAAAUAUGCUGUCCGUAUGAAGGAUAGCUUUCUUUGGGCACUGAGCUGUGUGGUUGACAUUCCUGAUGUGAGUGUAUGUGACUUACUUGAUCAGCUGAUUGCCCUCUUCUGUUUCUACAAUGGACCAGUGCGUCAGAGCUACCAGUUGUACAGUAAGGAGGAUUUGGCUUUACGAUGGGCCAGAUAUCUCUGUCACCUGCAGGGCGGCUCCACUGAGCUUCACAACAUCUUCAGCUGCGUGAGGACCAUUGACUCCACACAUAUUGAUCCUCUGCUGCUGCUGAAGGCUGCCCUCAUUCUUCAGGCAUGUCAGCGAUGUCCUCUGGUCCUGGCAGGUUGUAUCCUCUACAGGGGCAGGGUGGUUAGUACCCAGAUGACUCCUGCGCUGACAAUGAAGGUGAUGGUGUAUGAGACACAAACGUACAGCCAGGACUUCCGGGUGACGGCCAAUGGCCUGAGCUCAUCUGUGGGCUCACCUUCCUCUUUCACAGCUACCACACAAGUGUUCUUGACACCCACUGAACUGUACAUGCUCCGCUGCCACCCAGUGGAUAGAGCAUGCAGGUCUCACUGCAGUCAACCUCCCUGCCAACCCAGCAAGUCCCGCUUUUUAUCACGCACUUUAUCCGACACCCCAACCACAGAUACUGACUCUUCAAGCUUAGAUGCCAUGCAGUGUCCCCCAGUGUCCUAUCAGACGAUGCCGUCGUCUCCUCGCUCCUCCCUUUCUGAUGAACCAUAUUUCAGCCCCAUUCCCUCACGGGUUAACACUCCCCUUCACUCCAAUCUCAUGAACCAAUCAGAGUAUUUUACUCCUGACUCACAUGACCACGGCACGUUGAACGGAACUAACUUGUGUGCAGUGAAAGAAAGUUUGGCAGGCCUGAACAUAAAGCAGGAUACAGAUGCGAGCUCAGGGUCAGAAACCAAAAGCGAAGGUUUAAAUUCAGACCAGGACACUCAGAGUGAUGAAAUCAAAGCCCUCGCUAAUGGGUAUGAGCAAUCAAACUGUCUUGAUAACCACUCGGACCACGACAACCAGAUUCAAAAUGAAGAAAAUAAACUGGACGCUAACAAUCAUGUUGCCAAUAAAAAUGGCAAAUUCCAAGGAGAAACAGAGGAAGAGGCAAGAACAAAGAGCAAGCAAGUCGAAGGGAGACUUAAGGAGAAAUAUGAACCCAGAAACACCCCCUCACCACAUGAGACCCUAGCAGACACCUCUCUAGUGCCCUCAGUAUUAUACCAGCAUAGAGUCCGAGGUUUGGUCUUGGCCCUGCUGGUAGAGCCAGAGUUCAACACAGACCCCACUGCCAGAGAGGAAGUGCAUCACAGCAGCAUGGCAUCACUAAAUGGGCUUGAGGCUCACCUGAGAAAUACCUCGCCUGGGACACCUGGCCCACCGGGGCCUUACACCUUUGCCCACUAUGACUGCAUUCAAAACACUCUCACUACUAAUGUAUGUGGGCGCUCUGCUGGACCCCAGGAGGCCUUUGUGAGGGCCACUAAGCUGCUCCAUUCACAUUUCUCACACUUAGACACACUACAGGAGGCCAUUGUCAGGAACGGUAGCUCGGCAGUGUAUGGAACCCGUAGCAUGGCCCAGGAGACAUAUUUUCUACAGCAGGGAACACCUGUCAGAAACUCUGGAAGUCCUGAUCCUCAGGAUAGUGCCUUCUCACUACCCAGAAAAGCCCGUCAGCGGCUCCUUAAACAUGGAGUUAACCUGCUUUAGCUGGGCCUUUUAAAAAGAUUUCAAUUUCUCUUAAAUCUCUUUUAUUUCAUAGAUAUUCACCAUAUUUAUACUAUGUCUCUCUUGUACUGCUCAGAAUGUCAUGCAUGGUUUUGUUUGUAUAAUAGGCUGCUGUUUGAUCAUUUUGUAAUUAAAAGUAGAGGCUGAAAAUUAAAAUGUACUGUCAUCCCAAGUAAUACUAAAAUAUAGAGGAAGUGUCUCCGUCACGAGAGACGGGUUCUGCUGUAGCCUUCGCUAUUUAAAUGAAAUAGAGAACUGAGGCUUUAAAAAAUGGCUUAGACCAUUCAGUGUUACUGUUAAAAAUUUCACCUUUUUUAAAUGGAACAAAACUGUGCUUGAGUGUUAAUAAAUGUCCUUACUAAA